UGAUUUUGUUAUACAUAAUUUAUGCAAAUAAGCAGCUUAUCUGGAGCUCUGCCCAGUGCUGAAGGGUCCUCCAUAUCUGAGUUGAGUCUUCUGUUGUUUCAGGCAAUGUCUAUGCCCUGAGAGUGAAUCUGAGUGUCGCCAUUGUUGCGAUGACCAAGAACAGAACAGUUCUUCUGAAUGGAAAUGAUACUGUGGAGUCGCCGGCUGACUUUGACUGGGACAACAACCUCCAGGGAGCAGUGCUGGCCUCCUUCUUCUACGGAUACAUCUUAACCCAGUUGCCUGGAGGGUUCCUGGCCACGAGGUAUGGAGGGAAGUAUCUGUUUGGAGGAGGAAUCUUUGUCACAGCCGUCCUCACCAUUCUUACGCCGGUGUUCGCCACCUGGAGUGUGUAUCUCCUCAUCGCUGUCAGGGUCAUCGAGGGACUGUUUGAGGGGGUGACGUACCCAGCCAUCCAUGCAAUGUGGUCCAAGUGGGCUCCACCCCAGGAAAAGACCAAACUGGCCACAUUUGCCUUCUCAGGUGCCUACUUUGGGACUGUGUUGGCGAUGCCUGCAUGUGGCUCCCUUGCUGCGAGUUCAGGGGGCUGGCAAUCCAUCUUCUAUGUGUUUG